UGUCCUUUUGAUUUUUGUGGGCGCUAAGGAGACGGUAAAACAGACCAAGAUAUGAGGUAACAGAUUGUAACGUCUCCUCACUGUCUUCCUCGCUGUUGACUUAUUGCAAUAUUUUCUGAAUUGAAAUGGACCGAUUUAAAUGAUAACGCUCGUCCACCUCCUGCUCGGACCCAGUGAUGUGUGCCUGCCAGCCGGGGGUGAACCUGAGGGACUAUGUCUCUCUUCAUCCACCUGAGGUCACCUUCUUCCUCUGCCUUCUGAGUCUGGCCGUCUCCCUCCUCUGCCUCCGUUUCUAUGGACAGACUCACACUCUGCCCAACCCUGACAUAGCAACGGACUGGAACCGCCUGCUCUCCUCCCUGGCCGAGUUCCAGCUGUGCGCUGACGCCAACAGCAGCGUGGCGGCGGCGGCGGCCUCGUGGACGGCCCCCCCGCCCCCACAGGACCCGACGGAGGCCGGCCCGACGGGGGACACCCUGCUGCACCGCCGGGUGCCCCUGGUGGUGGGGGCCACCAGCGCCCCCCUGGAGGCGCUGAGCCUCCACACGGAGGUGACGGCCUCUCAGCUCGGCCUCCCAGGCAAUGCCUCUGUGAGUGUGACCGUACACGUGUUGUCAGAGGCUGAAGGAAAGGGUACAUACACCUGUCUGACCAUCAGCGGGCCAACUCAUCUCCUGCCUUUGGACCUGCUGCCGCCUGAAUGUCCGCGGACUGAGAACGUCCCGCCUGCCGUCGUCCACCUGGUCACGCUGACCCCCUCGACCGGCGCCCCCCCCGCAGCCCCCCAGAGCUGCUUCAGCUUACAGUCCCACCACGACCCCGCGCUCACCGUCAUGCUGACCCAGGAGGACCAGGAGGUGGCAGGGCGCCACCUGCUGGAGUCCAGCGGGUGUCUGCUGGGCGUGUGUCUGCUGUUCUGUUUGUACGCCAGCCUGAGGCGCUCGCCUCGACGGCACCCUGCGAACGCAGCGGACCGCCACAUAUGUACCCAACCCCUCGUCGAUUCAGACCACUGACUUCAUAUUUAUGUCCACUUUCAACUCAAGAAACUCGAGUUCCAUCGUUGAACACGAGAUGGAUAGCCACCAUCGAAGUAAUCUAUGGAACUUCAUAUCCAAAUCAACACAGGGCCAUUAUCUGCCAACUCAUGGAUGCUCAAGUCGUUAAAUUCCAAAGUGCAGCGUCACACGAUUUUGCAAUAAUACUGCUGUUAAUAUGAACUUUGAUCCAUCAAGUAUUUAAAUUAUGUUUUUGUUCUGUCUGGGAGUUUUUUUUUUCCAAUACUCUCAAAUAAAUUAAAUGGUCUGAAUGUUAGAUAUCUUCAUGUGCCUGUGUUUAGGUUUCUGUGGUUUUACUCGCUUUGUAUUUCAAUGGUUUCCUUCUUCAGAUCUUCAUCUUCCAAGCGGUGGAUAAGAUGAGCUAAAUGUUUAUCUGCAUGUCUCGGUUCUUCCCUGGCCUACUCACUGAAUGAACUGUGAUACUGAAUGUGUGUCAGAUAAUAAAAUGACAAACAAAAAAAACA